UGCCAUUUCCCGGAGCGGGAGCUAGAUAUAUCCAGUACCCGAACCAGACUACCCGAGCCAGGCCAGGCAGCGUGCUCUAGGUUCGGCGAGAAUUCUUCCAGCUGUCACUACCGCUCUCCACCCCGCUCCGGCCUCGAGACUCUUGCUAUGCAGGUGCGCUUAUGCCCAAGGAAUGCCGCUGUGCUCGUGGCAGGCUCCGUUUUGGUGCUCACCCAGUUGGCUCACGCAUACAACCUUGACGUGAACUCAGAAGAUUCUAUCAAGGACGUAGCCAGGCAGAUAGCACAGGACCUGGUAUCCUUCUAUCACGGUGAUGAGCCAGGACAGACACCUGGCCUCCUACCGCAGCCGUAUUACUGGUGGGAGGGGGGUGCCUUCAUGGGUGCCUUGAUCGACUACUGGUAUUACACCGGCGACAGUGCUUAUAACAGCCUCGUCGAACAGGGGCUACUCCACCAGGUCGGGCCGUAUAACGAUUACAUGCCGCCAAAUCAGACCCUAACCGAAGGCAAUGACGACCAAGGCUUCUGGGGUAUGGCCGUCAUGUCCGCGGCUGAGUGCAAGUUCCCGGAUCCGCCGGCGGAUCGACCGCAAUGGUUGGCGCUGGCUCAGGCCGUUUUUAACACCCAAGCGGCUAGGUGGGAUACGGCGAACUGCAACGGCGGCCUACGAUGGCAGAUCUUCACGUGGAAUAACGGUUUCGAUUACAAGAAUUCGAUAUCACAGGCCUGCUUCUUCAACCUCGCCGCGCGGUUGGCGCUCUACACCGGAAACGCCACCUAUGCCGAGUGGGCCGUGAGAACCUGGGACUGGAUGGCCGGCGUGUAUCUUAUUGAUAACAACUAUCGGAUCGUCGACGGUGUGCACACUACUGACAACUGCACCGCCCGCAUCCCCUACGAGUUUUCGUACAACGUCGGCGCCGUUCUCCUCGGAUCCGCGGCUAUGGUGGUAUACGCGAAUAAUACGGAACAAGCAGGGGAUGUCGAGAUGUGGAGGGAGCGGGUUGAUGGGAUACUGAAUAGCACCGAGCUGAUAUUUUUCUACGGGAACGACACCGCCGAUCGAAUCAUGAUCGAGAUUGCCUGCGAGCAGAUCAACCUAUGCAAUACGGAUCAGCUGUCGUUCAAAGCAUAUCUUAGCAGAUGGAUGGCGGCGACGACGAAAUGGGCACCGUGGACCUUGGAUCGUAUCAAAACGCUUCUGCAGAAUUCCGCCGUGGCAGCGGCGAACCAAUGUACCGGCGGCGAUAACCAACGGAUGUGCGGCCUAAAAUGGGCGAAUAACAGUGGGCAGUGGGAUGGUACAACAGGCGUUGGGCAGCAGAUGGCUGCUAUGGAGGUAGUACUGGCCAACAUGAUCCAGCAGGCCGACCCGCCGGCCACAAACAACAGCGGUGGGACCAGCGCCGGCAAUCCGUCGGCAGGCGGCUCGGACCAGGGACGGCUAGAUCCGGACGGAAGGUAUUACGGGGUGGUAGCUAAAGGCGACCGAGCGGGCGCAGUGAUCUGCACCAUCGCAAUCAUAGCGUCGUGCCUCGCCGGGGCGGUCUUCGUGGUCGCGGACGAGACGAAGUCGAUGGGCGAAAAUUGGGACAGCCUCUGUUCUACGUUUUCUAGGCGUCCCACGCAGGAGGCGCUCGGCGGCUUCCAAGCGCGGGGGGAGAGGACGCAAGAGGCGGCGACGGUGGUAGCGAUCGCAAACGGGAAAGGCAAAGGACCCGCAACGGACCGGAGCUUGAACGUGGAGAAGGGUGAGAAGAUAACGACAUCGACAGAUAGGCCCUUUCCCAGGCGUCAGGUCGGAUCGCCGCAACAGCAACGACGGCGACGACAGCAGUUGAAAUCCGAAGUCGCAACCAUGUCGACUGCUAACGGGGCCCGUGGCCCCUCGGUGGAUAAGAUCUAGCCGGCGGCCUCAGUGCUCAAGAAGCGGGAGCGAUGAUCUAACCUUCUUGUUGGGCUGGAAGCAGGUAUGUAACGAUGCGUUAAGUGGAUAGGUACGAAAUCUCGGCAGAGCGAAGGAGAUUC